AUGGCGGACUACCGAGAGGCGCCCUUGGCCACUAGGCCAAAAACGUUGGAUCCAAAUGAAUAUUUCAACCUGUCGCCCGAGCAGAGGCGAGCCGAGGAAGCCCGGGGUGCACUAAGAGCGAAUUUGAAGAGGCAGUAUCAGAUGCAGUUGAACAACCCGCACAGAAACGAGCUCAUUGAAGACCCAGCCCUGACACGAUGGGUAUAUGCACGAACCAACCCUUACGCACACUUCAGACCUACAAACAAAACAUCUCUGCUGGGUGCCAUGUUUGGAGUCGCGCCUCUCUUCAUCCUGUACUACGUCUUCAAGACCGACAGGGAUAGGAGGGAGGAGCAGAUUAAGGCGGGAACCUAUGAGCGCAAGUUCAGCUUGUCAUCAUGA